ACGACCAACUUGAAGCGCUAACACCGACUACACUGCACCGCAACGAGGAGGUUACAGCCAUACUCACAAAAUGGGAAAGAAACAGAAAAAUAAGGGAGAUGACGGUGCCAAAGACGAACUCGACGCACUUGCAGCAGAGAUUGAAGGAGCAGGAGCAGGCAAGGAGCAGAACAAAUCCAAGAGCAAGAAAAAGAAAGGAAAGAAAGACGAUUUUGAUGAGGAUGACAUCCAGAAAGAACUGGAGGCGCUAACAUUAGAAAACCAAGGAGGAAAGGUUAAAGAAGCAGAAAAGAAAUCAGAUUCAGUAGAAGACGCCGAACCUCAGCCCGCUCUGACAAAAGCAGACAAGAAGAAAGCCAAGAAGGGUAAGAAGGCGAAUCUAGAGGAUGAGGAAGGUGACGAAGAUCAGGGUCAGAACGACAUGGAGAACGAGCAGAGGACGAAAGACACCAAAAAGGUGGAGGCUCCCUCUCCUGCUGCUCCUGCUUCAGACUCAGAGGACGAGGGCUCGCUUUCACGCAGGAAACCCAAGGCUAAAAAGAAAGGAGGCCAGAAGGCCGCGUCUGACACGGAAGACAGUGAAGAUAACAGUGCGAAGAAGGGCGGAGCAGGAGACGAUGAUGAAUCCGAUGAUGAUUCUCAGGCCGCACGCAAAAAGAAGAAGGGGAAAGCCAAAGCCAAGCCUGACAGCGAGGAAGACGAAGGAGAAGACUCCACCUUCAAGAUGAAGACUGCUGCACAGAAGAAAGCGGAGAAAAAAGAGAGGGAUAAGAAGAAGAAAGAGGAGGAGAGAGCCAAGCUGAAGGCUAAGAAAGAGAAGGAGGAAGAGGCUUUGAAAACUGCUGCUACACCUUCAACAGAGAGCAAAAAGCUGGAGGAAUCUGCUUCACUGGACCUGGAUGGAGCCGAUGUUCAGGGAGAAGAGGAGGCUGAGGGGGACAAAAAGAAAAAGGACAAGAAGAAGAAAAAAGGAGAGAAGGAAGAUAAAGAGAAGGACAAGAAAAAGGGUCCCAACAAAGCGACGGUGAGAGCCAUGCAGGAGGCCCUGGCCAAAAUGAAGGAGGAGGAGGAGCGAGCCAAAAGAGAAGAGGAGGAGAGACUGAAACGGCUGGAGGAGCUGGAGGCUCAGAGACUGGAGCAGGAGCGUCUAGAGGCUGAGAGGAAGGAGAAGAAGAAACAAAAGGAUAAGGAGAGGAAAGAAAGGCUGAAGAAGGAGGGAAAGCUCCUCACUAAGGCCCAGAAAGAGGCUCGAGCCAGAGCAGAAGCCACACUGCGGGCACUGCAGGCUCAGGGUGUUGAAGUGCCAUCCAAAGAUGCAAUGCCAAAGAAGAAGCCCGUUUAUGGUGAUAAGAGAAAAAAGAAGCCAACUGCACAAACUCCUGAAGAAACGUCUGAGGUGACAUCACCCACAUCAGUGACACCACAGCCAAUCACGGUGGAGAUGGAAGUAGACAAACCUGAAGCUCAACCAGCAGUAAAGGAGCCAAAGGCAGAGGCUGCUGAUCUGGACGACUGGGAAGCCAUGGCCAGUGAUGAGGAGAAAGAGAUGAAAAAGGUUCACAUCGAGGUGAAAGAAACCACUACGGCUGUACAAAAACCCACUGAAGAAAAUGGCAGUGAGGAAGAGGAGGAUGAAGAUGAAGAGGAUGACGAAGAUGAUGAGGACGACGAAGAAGAAGAUGGAGAGGAAGAGAGUGAGGAGGAGGAGGACAACAAGGAGAGCAGCAACAAAACCACCUCUAACAAAGCAAGAAAAGAGGCGAGCUCCGAGUCGAGCAGCGAGAGCGAUUCAGACGACGACCGAACCAAAGAGGAAAGACUUUACGACAAGGCCAAGAAGCGUAUAGAGAAACGCAGGCAGGAAAACCUGAAGAACAUCAUUUUGGACAAGCUCCGAGCUCCUGUGGUUUGUGUGCUGGGUCAUGUGGACACAGGAAAGACCAAAAUCCUGGACAAGCUGAGACACACACAUGUUCAAGAUGGAGAAGCUGGAGGAAUCACUCAGCAGAUCGGAGCCACCAACGUGCCCCUCGACACCAUAGUGGAACAAACCAAGAUGGUGAAAAAUUUUGACAGGGAUAAUGUGAAGAUUCCUGGAAUGCUCAUUAUUGAUACACCUGGACACGAGUCCUUCAGUAAUCUGAGGAACAGGGGCAGCUCUCUGUGUGAUAUUGCCAUCUUGGUGGUGGACAUCAUGCACGGUUUAGAGCCACAGACGCUCGAGUCCAUCAACCUGCUUAAAGAGAAGAAAUGCCCUUUCAUAGUAGCACUUAACAAGAUUGAUCGUCUAUACGACUGGAAGAAGAGUCCUGACACAGAUGUGGUGACAACACUAAAGAAACAGAAGAAAAACACAAAGGACGAGUUCGAUGAGAGGGCGAAAUCUGUCAUUGUGGAGUUCGCUCAGCAGGGUCUAAACGCUGCUCUCUUCUAUGAAAACAAAGACCCUCGCACAUUCGUAUCCCUGGUUCCGACAUCAGCUCACUCAGGGGAUGGGAUGGGGAACCUCAUUGGCCUCUUGGUUGAGCUCACUCAAAGCAUGCUGGCCCGCCGACUGGCUCACUGUGAUGAACUUAGGGCACAAGUCAUGGAGGUUAAAGCUCUGCCUGGCAUGGGUACAACGAUAGACGUGAUCCUAAUCAAUGGUCAUCUACGGGAGGGAGACACCAUUAUCGUCCCUGGAGUGGAUGGACCAAUCGUCACACAGAUUCGAGGGUUGCUCCUCCCACCCCCUCUGAAAGAGCUCAGAGUGAAGAAUCAGUAUGAGAAGCAUAAAGAAGUAUGCACUGCUCAGGGAGUGAAGAUCCUGGGAAAAGAUCUGGAGAAGACUUUGGCAGGUCUGCCCCUCCUCGUCGCUCAUAAAGAGGAUGAAGUGCCAGUGCUGAGGGAUGAGUUGGUCCGGGAGCUGAAACAGACUCUGAAUGCCAUAAAGCUGGAGGAGAAGGGUGUGUAUGUUCAGGCCUCCACACUCGGCUCUCUGGAGGCUCUACUGGAGUUCCUGCGUACAUCCAAAGUGCCUUAUGCCGGCAUCAACAUUGGUCCUGUCCACAAGAAAGACGUCAUGAAAGCAUCCACCAUGUUGGAGCAUGAUCCUCAGUAUGCAGUGAUCCUGGCAUUCGAUGUGAAAAUAGAGCGGGACUCUCAGGAGAUGGCGGACAGUCUCGGCGUUCGCAUCUUCAGUGCUGAGAUCAUCUACCAUCUGUUUGACGCCUUCACUAAAUACAGAGAAGACUACAAGAAACAGAAGCAGGACGAGUUCAAGCACAUAGCGGUGUUCCCCUGUAAGCUGCGUAUUUUGCCGCAGUUCAUCUUUAACUCCAGAGAUCCCAUCGUCAUGGGCGUCACUGUGGAGGCUGGGGUAUUAAGGACGGGUACACCGCUCUGUGUGCCCAGCAAAGGGUUUGUAGACAUCGGCAUUGUGACUAGCAUUGAAGUGAAUCACAAAUCUGUGGACACGGCUAAGAAGGGACAAGAGAUCUGUGUGAAAAUAGAGCCGAUUCCUGGAGAAGCACCCAAGAUGUUCGGACGACACUUUGAGGCUGUUGAUAUCAUUGUUAGCAAGAUCACCCGUCAGUCCAUCGACGCUCUGAAGAACUGGUUCAGAGACGAGAUGCAGAAAUCCGACUGGCAGUUAAUCAUGGAGCUGAAGAAAACCUUCGAAAUCAUCUGAACACACCAGUGACUGACUGAUCUCAGAUCUGAAACGCCCCCCUGUGCGCACACACACACAACCGCUAUACGUCGCACACUCCUGAAGAUCACGGAGACAUAAGUGUUGCUCAUACAUUACAGGACAUUUGUACUCGGACACAGCCUUGCACCGUCCCAUGAGGAGGACUAGUUAAUUACAUGUGUGUGUGUGUGUGCGUGCGUGCAUGGGUGAAAACUCGCACCACUCCCUUUUCCCUCUCUUUUUGGGCUGUAGGGAGUGUUGGAGACAAAAAAAGUAGAAAAAAAAAAAAAAAAGCGAAGAAAAAGGAAAAAAUGUUUUUCUGUGAGAAACUGAAACUAUUACCACUGUUUUAAACAGUGACAAAUGUUAGAGAAUUGUUAGACAACCUUUACAAUUAUUCCAAACGUGCCUGUUCUCUUUAAUCAAUCCAAUUCUAUUUUCCUCCUUCUCAAAAGUUGACUGUACAGCUGGAUUAAACUUGAGCUGCUGAUUUGGGGUCUGACUUUAGAUUCAAAUCGAUGAGUGUGAAGAGGCGGCAGUGUUGAUGUAAGGAAUGACUGCUGAACAGGGGUUUUAGAUAUGGAGAAAUGUUUCCUUGACAGUAUUUUCAUUUGCCCUGCUUUUUCUUAACCUUUUUGGAGUGCAGAUCUUAAAUGGUCUCUUUUAAAACGGUCGUCCUCCUGGCCAGAGACGAACAGACUGACACUCUUCCUCUUUCGGGUUUGCUUUGUGGCCACUGACACCCAGAGUGUGCGGAUGAACUUGGACUAAAGGCCCUUCCCUUGCUCAUUUUGAAUAUAAAAAAAUGUCAAAGAAAUUGAUAUGUGGAAAUCAAAAAUAAAGAGAUGGCCUAUUUAUAGA